GAGUGAUAAAUCCCUUUUGGCCGCCCGGCACAGUUCCCGGCGGAGCUGGCGGGUCUGAAGCAGGCAGUGCAUUUUGGGCGCUGAACAGUGGGAUUUACCCCGCGCCGCACUCCUCCUCCGGCGCUUCCCGCAGGGCCGGGGCCCCAGUCCCGCCGGUGCCUCCGCCCUGUCAGCUUCCCGCCCCUUGGAAGCGCGGACCGCGGUGCCUGGGGCCGGGGAAGAGGCCACCGCGCAGGGACGGGCACGGCUGGUGCGCCCCAGGGGCAUGUCGGCGCUCCACUGCCGCGGCUGCAGCGGUCCCCGCGAGGAAGCUGACAUUGAUGGAUAUCAUCAAUCGGACUUCCACUGGGUCCAAUGGUGCCUCCCUGCCCGCUGCUACUUGAAGGCAGAAGGAGCUCGAGAUGGCCAGUAACCCAUGUGCCAGGUAGCAUUCUAUGCCAACCUUGAAUAACACCAGGAAGCCGCUGAGCAGCAAACUCUUCUGAGAUCAUAACUUGCUGUUGGAAUAACUUGGAAAAGAAGAAAAAGAAAUUGGAAACAUGGCAAAAGUAAAUAGAGUUGGGUCUACCUCCCCUCCAGACGGAGGAUGGGGCUGGAUGAUUGUGGCUGGCUGUUUCCUUGUUACCAUCUGCACCAGGGCAGUCACCAGAUGUAUCUCAAUUUUUUUUGUGGAGUUCCAGACAUACUUUACUCAGGAUUAUGCACAAACAGCAUGGAUCCAUUCCAUUGUAGAUUGUGUGACUAUGCUUUGUGCUCCACUUGGGAGUGUUGUCAGUAACCAUUUGUCCUGUCAAGUGGGAAUCAUGCUGGGUGGCUUGCUUGCAUCUACUGGUUUCAUCCUGGGCUCAUUUGCCACCAGCCUGAAGCAUCUCUACCUCACUCUGGGAGUUCUUACAGGUCUUGGAUUUGCACUUUGUUACUCUCCAGCAAUUGCCAUGGUUGGCAAGUAUUUCAGCAGACGGAAAGCCCUUGCUUAUGGGAUCGCCAUGUCGGGGAGUGGCAUUGGCACCUUCAUCCUGGCUCCUGUGGUUCAGCUCCUUAUUGAACAGUUUUCCUGGCGGGGAGCACUGCUCAUUCUCGGGGGCUUCGUUUUGAAUCUCUGUGUUUGUGGUGCCUUGAUGCGGCCAAUUACUCUUAAAGAGGAUCAUUCAAGUCAAGAGCAGAACCGUGUCUGUCGAACUCAGAAAGAAGACUGUAAGCGGGCAUCUCCCUAUUCACCUUUGACCAAAGAAUGGGCGCAGACUUGCCUGUGUUGCUCUUUGCAGCAGGAAUACAGUUUUUUACUGAUGCCAGACUUUGUUGUGUUAGCCAUCUCUGUUCUGUUUAUGGCUUACGGCUGCAGCCCUCUCUUUGUGUACUUGGUGCCUUAUGCUUUGAGUGUCGGAGUGAGUCACCAGCAAGCUGCUUUUCUUAUGUCCAUACUUGGGGUGAUUGACAUUAUUGGCAAUAUCACAUUUGGAUGGCUAACCGACAGAAGGUGUCUGAAGAAUUACCGGUAUGUUUGCUACCUCUUUGCUGUGGGCCUAGAUGGGCUCUGCUAUCUCUGCCUUCCAAUGCUUCAAAGUCUCCCUCUCCUGGUGCCUUUCUCUUGUACCUUUGGCUAUUUUGAUGGAGCCUACGUGACCUUGAUCCCAGUAGUGACUGCAGAAAUAGUAGGGACGACCUCUUUGUCAUCAGCACUGGGCGUGGUGUACUUCCUUCAUGCAGUGCCGUACUUGGUGAGCCCACCCAUCGCAGGAUGGCUGGUGGAUACGACUGGAAGCUACACAGCAGCAUUCCUUCUCUGUGGAUUUUCAAUGAUCUUUAGUUCUGUGUUGCUUGGCUUUGCCAGACUUGUGAAGAGGAUGAAAAGAAACCAGCUGCAGUUCCUUGCCAAAGAAUCUGAUCCCAAGCUGCAGCUAUGGACCAAUGGAUCGGUGGCUUAUUCUGUAGCAAGAGAAUUAGAUCAGAAAGAUGGGGAUUCUGUGGCUACAGUAGUGCCUGGUUACAACCUCACAUGACCAAUGGCAUUCAGCCUGGGAAUCUUCAGGGCUGAUGGAGAAGAGCCACCAGACUGGGCAUAUUUCUGAAGCAUUUUAUUUUGGCAGAAGUAUUGCCUUCUAGGGAAAUCAUUAUUAUUGUUUUGUUAACAUAUUUAUAAGGGAAAAUAGAAAAUAAUAAAGAAAGCUGGACUAGCCUAGAGUUUCUUCGUUUGGAAUUUGGACUUGUAAUAUUGCUUCAUGGGGAAUGGAAGGACAGUUGAUGCAGUCAGCUGUGUUAAGAGUAGUUCCAAGGCACAGCAAAAGCAGGUGACCUAGCAGUAGCACUGUAACCCCCAACUCCUGCUCCCCCAUCUUCCAUUCUCAGAAGGCAAACAAAUAUUGACACAUGGGGUUGUUUACCCUGUGCAGUUUGCAGAGGGGGUCAUCUUGGGUGUGUUGGUGGAGAGUGAAAAUGUCAAUCCUUUUCCUUGGUGGAGUUCCUUAUUAGGGUUUUAAACAGGGUGGUUGGAGAAUACUUGAGAUUCUUCCAAAGAUAAUGAUUAAUGUAAAAGAGACCCACUCCCCACACCCCUUUCUUAAUCUUCUAGCUAUCCCUUGCCUCUGCCAAUGGGUAGUAGAUACCACUUUGAGAAUCUGAAGAAUCAUGAAAUGCCAUGGUUGGAAUGGAUCUUAAAGGGUAGCUGGCUAAGAUCUGUUUGAAAUUGUCUGCUUGAAAUGGAAAGCUCUUUUCCUAAGACUGUGUCCCAGGCACACGCCUCUGUUACUGUCACACACUUAACUGUGAAUUCAGGAGGAUCUGUGGAGUCACAGAGCAGCCUCUCCAUCUUUCCUGAAAUGUUAAUGAUGUCAAAACUUCCCACUUUUUUUCUUCAGGGAAAAAACCAAAAUGUUCAUUUAAACUGCAGACACAUUUCUGCUAGAAACAGAACAAUGUUGGCAGUAUUCCAACUGAGCAGGAAUUGAAUUAUUGAAUCAGCAGGUCUCUGGUGAGCGUUUUCUUUGCUGAUCAGACAUUAGGUUCAUCAUUACCCAAAAGAGGACUUGGGGGAUUUGAACUGAAAAAUAUUACCCUGGAGAUAUUCUGAAGGUGAGAUUCCUUUCCUCCUGUGUGUGUUCUUGGUACAAUGCCUAGUGCCUUUCAUCUCUUUAUGGAUAAUAACUAGAAACCUAACCCAGUGGAUUGUACUAGUUUAUUAAUUUCUCAAAUACCCCACUAUUCUGUGCUUUGUGAUCAUUUCUGAGUUUUCAGACUGAAGAAGAAGGGUAUGGAGAGAGAAGAGGUCCCCUGGCUUUUCUCCAACUGUUUGAAAUUCACUGUUAUAAUCUCGAAUCCCAAAUAAUGUCAGUUCUGUAAACAGGGACGAGUUGCAUAAUUACAAUGGAAUUUUAUUUAUCAAGAAUUUAAAAUCCAAACUUCAAGAAAAUAUUUUGACCCCUAAGACCAUUUAGCCCACUGUCCCUCAAGAAGCCUCAAAAAUGACCUGCCAGGAGUAGAGGGAUUAAAAACAAAGCAAGGAGGAAGAUGCAAGGUUGGCUAAAGAGUCUUUGCUUAUAACCGGAUUAUUUCACAAAAAUUAAUUGUUAAUAUAUUGCUUGCAGAAUGAGAUACUGGCUUGAUUUAAAAUUUCAUAAUUGUUUUUCAAAGAGAAAUUUGAAUGUUGUCUGUUAUCUCUUUCCAUUGUUUGAGAAUUGAGUUUUGAAUCCAUGUACUCGUCAUUUGAAAUUUUAAAAAUUAUUGGGGAGAAAUCUGUAAAAAUUCAAAGUUAAAAUAAAGUUAUAUAUGUUUGGAAUAGCACUUUACCCUAAAUGUCACUUCUUGAAUCUUCAAGCCAAAUAUUUUUAAAAAUAUAAGUAGCUAUAAAUAUUCUUAGAUAUAUUUUUUCAUAGUGAUCACAGUAAAGUUUUUGUUUAUGUGCUUCUGCAAUGUAAUUUCUCUAGAGUAUUUAUGAAAAAGGAGGAUAAUGAGAGGUUUUAAAGAUUUGUGUAAAAAUAUUUGGGAUAUUGUGACUUUGUACAUGCAUAAAAUUUGCAUUUUACUUUCUCUCUUGGAGCAGAAUUUUCAGAAAACCAGUAAGAAAAAAGUAGAUCUUAGAGUCCACAAUUUUGCCAUCUGCUCAGAAUUUUACUCUAUAUUUUCCAUAUGCUUAUAUGGCUUGUUUCAAAAUUGAAGAAUUCAUGGGAACGAUGUAUUUUAUGGAAUCAAGAACAAAAUUUUAGUAGAAUGAUUCUAUAUCUUAAAUAUUUCUUUAUACCAUUGUAAGUUUUAAUUUUUGCAAUUGACUGAGUAGAAAAGCAGAAGAAAUUAUCUACUUUAAUUUAGUUUUGCUGUACCAUUGGACCCUUUGUUCAGAUUAUAAUUUCACUAAUAAAUCAGAUAUGUAUGCUAAUAUUGUCCUAUUUCAAAUAAAAUGAGUCUAUAGUCA